CAUCCGGCCUGUGUUAUGUGAUUCCAGAGUUGAAGUGGGUGUUACAUGAUAUGCAUCACUUGCAAAUUGGUCCGAAAAUUUUAAAACAGUUUAAACUGACAAAUGAUACUCAUCAUAGAAAAACUGCAUCAAGACUUGUGGAUUGUCUGUUUGAACUUUUUGGAACCAGACGUAGUAAUGUUUGGUAUCUUGAGAAUAUAAACCCUAAACAUAAAAACCAUGAAGCAUCAACGGACAUGUUUGGGCAUCUGAUAGUUAGAAGGUUAAACGCUGAGCAAAAGGUGAUGGUUAAGCAAAUGGCUGCUGCUGGUUCUCGUCCCUGUCAAAUUUUAUCUACUAUACAUCAAAAUGAUCCAUCUUCAAUAGUUAUAUCUAAGACAGUAUACAACACCAUGCAAUCUAUUCGUCAAGAAAGGCUUGAUAGUCAUACACCAGUCCAAGCCCUUUUAGAUGAAUUACAAGGAUCAGAUUUUGAGUUUGAGUAUCAAUAUGAUUAG